CAAUUCAACAACCACAAAUCAAAACAUCCUGUAAACAAGAAAUUCAUACUUGUUUUUUUUUUCUUCCAGUUCAAAAAUUCAACAGAAACCACUUAAAAAUAGAUAACCCAUAAAGAAAUUUUUCGUUACACCGUUAACAAUCCCCAUUCCAAUCUCAUCUUCCUCACAUAUUCCCUCUUCUCAAAUUAAAACACCAUUUUCUCCAAUUUUUCUCAACUCUGUCCACGGAUUCAACACACACCAACAACAGCAAAGAAAUCGAUCGCAGUUCGUAGAAUAACUCAUUAAAGAAAAAAUGGCGAAAGGAGGAGCUCAGAAGAAAGAUGUUGCAGUAGCGAUCGACAAAGACAAAUGCAGUCAAUACGCUUUGAAAUGGACAAUCGAACGGCUUCUGAGCAGAGGUCAAGUUGUCACUCUCCUUCAUGUUAAACAAAAACCGUCUUCUUCGGCACAUUCGAUAACGAAUUUGAGUGGGGAUUCGGAUAUGGAAGAAGCGGCAUUGAAUAAACAGCAUAUUGAAAAUCAUGCGAAAGAUCAGUUCUUCCUUCCAUUUCGUUGCAUUUGUACAAGAAGCAAUAUACCAUGCAAUGAGGUGAUGUUAGAGGAAGGAGAGAUUCCAAAGGCAUUAAUAAAUCAUGUCUCCAAAAAUGUUAUAGACAUUUUAGUACUUGGUGCUCCUACAAGAUCAAUUUACAAGAGAUUCAAGUCUGAUAUCCCAAGUAUGGUAUCAAAAGGAGCACCAGAUUUUUGUACAGUUUACAUUAUUGCCAACAAAGGCAAGGUAACGGUGAAACAAUCCACAGCUCCAGCUCCAGCGAAGCCUGUUGCUUCGCCGCGCACCCAGAUACAACCUCCCCCACCACGCCCUCAACUUCUACAUCAGCUCACAAACGCCUCCGAAGUCUCGUCGUCCGAAACGAACCAAUCAUGCUCUCAAUCAGGUUUAGAGACUCAAAUUAGCAUAAAAAAGGUUCCUCUUCCUUCGUUUCAAGAAGAUUGGGACAUCAAGUCACCGUUUACAAGACCAGGUUCAAGGGCGUCGAUGAGUAAAGUGAUGGAUCCAUUAAUGGUAGAUUCUGACAUAUCCUUCGUUAGCAGCGGAAGGCGGAGCACGGAUUAUUGCUUAUCAGGGGCAUGGAACUCCAACAUCGCCACCGGUGGCGAUUCCUUUCGCCUUUCUAACGCCUCUGAGUUUGAAGUGUUCAGCCCAGGUCCAACGUCGCCAUUAAUGCUGGAAAUGGGAGAAGGAACCAACAAAUCUGUUGAUAGUAAUACUAAUGAUAAUUAUAACGACAACACCCAUUCUUCUUUCCCUCAGGAUAUGUCUUUUUGCUCUUCACCAAGUGAAACCUUCUCUUGGCCUUCUCACUCUCAAACUCAGGAUGAUGUUGAAGCUGAGAUGAGAAGGUUGAAAUUAGAGCUCAAACAAACCAUGGACAUGUAUAGUACUGCCUGCAAAGAAGCCAUAACCGCCAAACAGAAGGCAAUGGAGCUCCAUCGCUGGAAAGUUGAAGAAGAACAGAGGUUAGAAGCGGCGAGAAUGGCGGAGGAAGCAGCAUUAGCAAUGGCAGAGAAGGAGAAGAUAAAAUGUAAAGCAGCGAUGGAGGCAGCCGAAGCCGCACAAAGGAAUGCAGCGCUCGAGGCUAAGAAACGAGCCAGAGUAGAGAAAAUGGUGGACAUGGAAGCACAAGAAAUGAAACGAACACUGUCAUUUUCAGGAUACGGUCAAGCUGAAAUCGGUUACAGAAAGUACACAAUCCAAGAAAUCGAAACCGCCACAAAAGGCUUCUCCGAUUCUUUGAAGAUCGGUGAAGGCGGUUACGGUCCGGUCUUCCGUGGAGAACUCGACCACACGCCGGUGGCGAUCAAGGUUCUUCGUCCGGAUGCCGCUCAUGGACGAUCUCAAUUUCAACAAGAGGUUGAAGUUCUAAGUUGUAUUCGACAUCCAAACAUGGUUCUCCUUCUCGGAGCUUGUCCUGAAAAGGGUUGUUUAGUUUACGAAUUCAUGGCGAAUGGAAGCUUAGAAGAUUGUCUCUUUCGAAAAGCCAACGAUCCCAUUCUCUCAUGGCAAUUACGAUUCCGAAUCGCAGCAGAGAUCGCAACCGGACUUCUCUUCCUACAUCAAACCAGACCAGAACCAAUAGUACACCGUGAUCUGAAACCCGGGAACAUUUUGCUAGAUAGUAACUACGUGAGCAAAAUCAGCGACGUCGGACUGGCGAGGCUAGUUCCUCCAUCAGUAGCCGACUCAGUAACUCAGUAUCGGAUGACAGCGACGGCAGGGACAUUCUUCUACAUCGAUCCAGAGUAUCAACAAACGGGAUUACUGGGGAUUAAAUCAGACAUUUACUCACUGGGAGUGAUGCUUCUGCAGAUUAUCACAGCAAGACCGCCGAUAGGACUAGCGCAUGCGGUGGAAAGGGCGAUUGAGAAGGGGAAAUUCGCAGAGAUACUAGAUCCAGAGGUGAAGGAUUGGCCGGUUGAAGACGCGUUGAAGUUCGCGAAGCUUUCGAUUAAGUGUGCGGAGAUGAGGAAGAGAGAUCGGCCAGACCUUGGGAAGGUGGUGUUGCCGGAGCUGAAUCGACUGAGAACAAUGGCGGAAGAGAGUAUGGGAAUAAUUGGGUCGUUCUGCUGUAGUAGUACGUGUUCUUCUCCAUAUGCAAGCCAGACUUCUCAGGAAAUGAUGAAUAGUGUACGACAACAGGCAGGAGCAUGGGUAGAGACGUCAAGCAGCCAAUCAGAUAGCAGCACCUCAUCAUAUACGAGGGAAAAACCUUAUUGGGUGGACUAGCCAACACCCAACACCAAUUCUCUUCUUCUUUUUUCUCGGAACAGAAAUAAAAUAUGCAAUUGUAAAUGCAUUACUUUUUAUUUAAAUCUUUCUU